GGAACUUGAGCAGCUGCUGACGCCUCGAGGAAGCGGCCCACUGGAGCUCUCCGUUGUCUUUCGGGGUCCUUGGAAAGAUAAGAACAGUGUGGCGUGGGCACAGAGAGGAUGGGCAGCGUUAGGUUGGUGCCGCUGGAGAGGACGAUGUCCAGAAAUCGAAGUAGAAAGAACAGUACCAGGAUGAAGACCCACUCAGGAAGCAGAGGGUGCCCAAGGGGAGCGUACGGGGGCUGCAAAGAAAGGAGAGGGCACCGCAAGCUGUGGUCUCCCAGUGAGAGGCCAAUGUGGGGCGAAAGCGCACUAGAUCAGUGUCCAGAAGAGGGUAGUGUAGUGGGGUGACAGGCAGUACCAAGUUCAGUUGGCAGUGCUCUAGGGGAUCAGAGUGUGAGGCUAGUGCCAAGCAGGGCCAAGGGAAGACCGGAGCGGCGAGCAGGUGAAGCCCCAGGGGAGGGCACAACGCGGGCUUUCCUUUCCCUGACAGUGACAUCACGGCAAAUUCCCAAACCGGACGGACCCGGCUCGGGUGACGUCUAGCUGGUCAGAGCCAGCUCGGACCAGCGUGGGGAACCUUGGUGACAGUCUGAGGGGCUGGGCGCUGCGUCCCGCUGGGCGGGCGCUCUGCGGGUGGAGUUCGCCUUCACCAGCCGGCAGCACGGACUGUGCCCUCGGCGGGCACGCGGACCGCAGGGAAGGGCUAGGGCCGGGCUCCUCUGGGCCAAGGAUCAAGGUUCCCGGCUGGGUUAGGCCCCCAAGCUUUCCAAGCUUCGGGAUCCGAGGUCUGAAGAGGGCGCCGUGGAGCCGGGCGCAGCGCGGUACCCGCCGGGGGUGGGGCUUAGUCUGUCCCCGCCUUGGGCGGAGUCACCGCGCUUUGAGACUCGCCCACAAGGUCCGAGCGGCUCCGAGGUGGCUCUUCCCGGCGGAAGUUCAGAAGCCCCGAGGGGGGAGGCAGCGGAAGUGGCUGCCUUGCUGAAGCCUGUGCGCAUGCGCCCUCCGGCUCGCCGCCGCUUUUGGGGCGGUACUCUGCCCUGUCUUCUUUUCUCCACGUGAGGGGUGCGCGAAUUCCCAGUGGUGGCCGCGCGCUCCACACCUCUGCAGCUCUCGUGCCCCUUACCAUGGCGGGCAUCCUGUUCGAGGAUAUUUUUGAUGUGAAGGACAUUGACCCAGAAGGCAAGAAAUUUGACCGAGCACUUGUGCGUCUGUUUCCCAGAGCAAGGCUAGUGGUUGUGGACCUGUUGGAAGAGUUGGUCUCUUGCAUUCGACCCCCACCCUGUCGCCUGUAAUUAUGUCUGUCGCUCUUCCCAGUAUCUCGGCUGCACUGUGAGAGUGAAUCUUUCAAGAUGGACCUCAUCUUAGACGUGAACAUUCAGAUUUACCCCGUGGACUUGGGUGACAAGUUCCGACUGGUCAUAGCUAGUACUUUGUAUGAAGAUGGUACCUUGGAUGAUGGUGAAUAUAACCCCACGGAUGACAGGCCUUCCAGGGCUGACCAGUUUGAGUAUGUCAUGUAUGGGAAAGUGUACAGGAUCGAGGGGGACGAGACCUCAACCGAAGCAGCGACGCGCCUCUCUGCAUAUGUGUCCUAUGGGGGCCUGCUCAUGAGGCUUCAGGGAGAUGCCAACAACCUGCAUGGAUUUGAGGUGGACUCCAGAGUGUAUCUGCUGAUGAAGAAACUGGCGUUCUAAACCUCGUGGGAAACCAGCCUUGCUGCUUAGUCAUGGACUUUGUUCAAACCUGAGAAGAAGCUGGCAGUGUGGCCUGUGAAAGGGACUGGGCUCUGUGUCCACUCGGGGUACAGCUUUAGUUGUCUGAGUUCAAUGGGAAAGUGACUUGUCUGUAAAAGGCCCAGUGGGAAAGCACAGCAUCAAUCUCAAGUUGUGUAUGAUUUUUUUUUUAAUUAAAGUUUACUUUUUCA